CUCUAGUAUUAGAAUAUGGAGAUUCAGCAAAGGAAAUCCGUUCCAAGUCCAAUAUCGCGAGUUACUAAUUCUCCACAAUCCAAGUUCCCUCAGAUUUAUCCUGAAGCCUUUGAGGGUACCACCACCACCACAACCACCAUCAUCAAUAACAACAACCAUCCUCGUGAAGAAGGCGGUGAUGGUAUCGCCGAUGGGAAUGGGUCUAAUGAGGGUUUUGAGGAUGGUUGUUCCGGGUUCCACGGCUCUUCAACGAUACAAGAAGAAGGCCUAUUUGGCUGCUCCUCCGAGGCACCGGGCAUGACCUUGGACGAUGAAGUCAUCUUGGGAUUCCAGCCAUUUGGACAUUGGAGUGAUCCUGCCUCUCUCGGAUCAGCAACACCCUCAUCCAGUCACUUUAUCUGCCCAAACGAGUUGUUGGCCAGCCAAAAUGAGUCAUUAUUGGAGGAGGGUGAAUGCAAUGGACUGCCAAAAGGCACUCAACCGUCCCUUAAGCGCACCCAUUCAGAGGUUCCCCCUUUGACUCCUUUGACAAAUAAGAAAGUUGGAGAAGCCUUGAAAUUGACUUAUUCCUCUUGGUCGGAGAGAGCCGAAAACGAGGAGAUCCCCCCAAAUCCCCGGGAUUGGACUCCCAGACAUGUGUCUCUCUGGCUUGAUUGGACCAUGCGGGAAUUCUCGUUGGAGUCGGACACGUUCAAAGACUUCCUCAAGUCCUUUCAGCUCUCGGGCUCUGAAAUGUGUGCCUUAUCAAAAGAAUCGUUUAUGGACCAAGCGCCACGUUGCGUGGGUGACAUCCUCUAUGAGCACUUGCAGUUACUUUUGCAACAAGAUCCCAUUGCCCUCGUGUCCACCACCACUCAAGAGAUUGGAAGUGGAGGAGGUCAAGAGAUUACCCUCACCACGAGGCUCUCGCCCUCACUCUCCAUCUACGACCCGGUCCAUCACACCCAACCAUUCUUUCCGUCCUCCAUCGGCCAGGACGCCUACGCCAGAAUCCAUGCCUUCUCCUCCACCGCGUCGCAGUCGCCCAUGGAAUUCUUUCCGACCCAUUCGACCAUUUACAACCCUCACCCUCACCUUCAUCAUUCUCUUUCUCAUGAGUCGCAACAACAGGCUUCACCGUCGGUCCUCCAACCAACCCCUCCCAGCCUGAGCUCGUCGUCGGGUGUCGUCUCUCUGGGUCAGACUCUGUGUUCAAAUGGCAUCCCUGGCAUGCCUUCCUUCAAUCUGGACCCGGGGUUCGACAGUCCGAUCAUGGGUCGUGGCAUGGAUAUGGGGAUGAGGGGCGGAGGAUCUCAUACGCCACCAUCGACGGGGCGAAUGACUCCUGCCAUGGGGAGCGCGGGACCAAUCCAGCUUUGGCAAUUCCUUCUGGAGCUCUUGUCGGACAAGAGUUGCCAGAGUUUCAUUUCUUGGACGGGCAACGACUGGGAGUUCAAAAUGGCCAACCCUGAUGAGGUGGCCAGACGUUGGGGCAUUAGGAAAAACAAGCCCAAAAUGAACUACGAAAAAUUAUCGCGUGGACUUCGCUACUACUACGACAAGCAGAUCAUUCAGAAAACCGCUGGGAAACGUUACGUCUACCGGUUCGUUUGCAAUUUAGAGACCAUCCUGGGAUGUGAUCCCAAGAAAUAUUUCAGUCUCAUCGGAAUCAAUCCUGUGGGGGGAAAUGAUAGUGAUUGAAGAGGAAGAAAAAAAAGAAGCAGAGCCGUCCUAUGCAUAAAUCAAUCCUCAUGAAGAAGCUGUGAUGCAAUUGAUAUUAUUAUCGUCUUAAAAUCCGUUCGUCUAAAUCUCAACUUACAAUCGUAUACAGUAAAUACAAAGGGAAAUAAUUGUUCAA